UUUAGAUUGCUGGAUGCUUCCGCUUCUCCCCUUGAGAAGCUGACCGUCUUAAGCCGUCAAUUAUACAGGAAGACAGUGCGCAUGAAUUGAGCUGUGGAUAUGUUUCUUUACACUCGGAUCAGAACGUGACCUACCAAUGAUCGCAAGACAUAGAAAGAACCAAAUCGACAUAUGUGCGGUGAUGUCCCCCUUCUCAGUAAACCCCGCGCUGCACCAGCCGCAGUUGUGGGUUCGAUUCUUUGGUGUUGAGAAGCCCCCAUUGCAUCUUGGCCAUUUACCACGACCAUCCCUGCUCUCUGCUCCCCAGAAACACCUCAUCAUCGGUCACCCCGCGAUGCUUCUGCUUCACACCUUCAUCCACGGCCUUGGCCUUCUUCUCGCGAUCACCGCGUCCUUCAAGUUCAACGUCGUUGCCCCUGGGGAUCUCAUCAACUGGCUGCUUGCCCCCGCGCCGCUGUACUCGGACCCGAAACUGUUCGAGGAAUAUGUGCAUCCGAUGCGCAGACUCGAUAUCGUGGACUACUACUGGCAAGAGGACGACGCGCAACUGCGUAGAGUGCUUCCCCUGAUGGACAAGAUCGCUGUGCUGUUCAAGGAGAUCGGGUACACGAACUACACUUGGGACUCGGACGUGGUCGCUGGGGCAUACACGUUCUCAUUUGAGCGACCCCGCGGAGUCUAUGAGAACGACAUGGACGAUGACGCGACCGCCGUUCAACACGAUGCGCCCGGGUGCACCUGUCUGGGCAAUUCUGGGAUCUCGCCCAGUGUGGAUCAACCCCAGACUGCUUCUCCUGUCGCUGCAAGCUCAUCCAAGGCCGUGGUCGUGCCUCGCGCGGCGCCAAACACACCGACCCUUACCCUGGACGUCGAUUUAGCGAACUCGCCCAGUGUUAAUCUUCCUCUGGAUGGGGUUGUCUCCACUGCGACUGCCAUCAACGCGUCUUCUAUUCACGCUGCGACUCAGAUGUCUGGGACCGCCUCCGUUACUCCAUCUGCCCCCUCGUCUCAAGACACAUCUGAGGUCAAUCUUCUGGCUUCUUUGCUUCUUCUUGCUUGCUUCAUCGUCUUCUGUAUCAUCAAUCGACUGCAAAUGCUUGACUUGGCUUGCUCGGCUGAGACGAACACCACACCCACUACCCCUGUCCUUUCGCUCUCUCCGAGCUUGCAAGUGCAGGUGGCUGCGACGACGGCGGACGACGACAAGACUCAAUGCAUGCUGGUUCUGGUCGGGCUCGCCUACCUUGCUCAAGUCGCGUCAAAAUCAACUACCCAUGCGCUGACUGAAGAACGCGCGAUGACUGUAAGCAAGGCUGGCUUCGAGAACGCACCCACGCACGAGAUCAGUAAUGGAUCUCAGUCGCCCUCCUCGUUGACGGUCGUUGCGAAUGCACCUAGCGCUGCGGAUGUUGACGACGUGCGCGCCUCUCUUGUCCCCCAUAUGCUCAUCCUCACCUGUUUCAUCGCUCAGCGCCGACCAAGUCUGUUGGUCCCAGAGAACGCGGGCCCAUGCUUCGUGGCGUUCGAUGAUCGAGAGUUUCUGGCUUCUUCAUCCAUGCCGCGCAUCGUCGAGCUCACGAGCAGUGAUUCAGACCUGGGUGAGAGCUCAGAGGAGGUUGACGAUGUCGAGUCCAUUCCUUCCGAGUUCCAUCGUCCUCCGGCUAGCAAGGGCGAGACGGGGACUGCUGAUGAAGAGGUAGGGCAUCGGGCUCCUUGCUCCCUUUCGUCGAUGCUCAUGCCCAACCAGUCACAGCAAGCUGCCAUCGCGCCUGCUUUGACUGCGCCGUUUGCGGUCCUCCAGCCUACCACUGUACACCUCAAUACUCUCACCCGAACACCAAUCGCGCCUUCACCGACGAUUAGGCCCCCUCGAAGCCCAGUCAAAUCGCGUCUGCCUGUUCCGAUCGCCCAGAAGCAAGGGAACGAUCCGAUGACUGGUCGCGUCCGCAAGCCACAGAUCCUGCGACAGACUGCUAACACUCGAGGUCUUGCGCUAGCAAACCCAUCCCGCAUCCCCUUGGCGCCAUCUCAGUGUCAGCCGAGUGUGAUCUAUGCAACGUCUCGCCUUCCCAGUAUUCAAACUCCUCGUUCGUACGCCAGUCGAGUUCCUGCGCCAGCAGACACAUUUGCGUCACGCUUCGUGCAAACUCAGGCUCAGCCGAGUGUGAUCUAUUCGACAGCUCGUCCGACCGCCAUCCAAACACCCCGCUCAUAUGCAUACAUCCUGGGACCGACGCAAUCACCCAACCAAUCCCUUGCUUCCCUACAGCCCACGCACCAUAUAAACCACCACCCCCAGGCCGGGGCCUGGCGGGCUUGACGGUAGACACAUCCAUCCUGGCGGCGGCGACGGUGACGAGGACGAACUGACCAAUGCUUUGAACCGGAAGAAUCGCAUCUCGCUGCUCUGAUAACCCAGCCACUGAACGCGACUGAUCUCGAGUAACGUGCUCAGACGUCGCUGGCCGUGCCAAGAAGCGGGGACGCCCCUUCGCGGCACGGCGGCAAUCUGGCCGCAGCGGGGCUGACGGGCCUUUGCUGCGGUGCAGAGGGUUAGGUGAUGAGCGCGGCUGUGUGUUCCAUGGUGCAAGCUUGAGAGGGGCGUCUUUGUCUGUCUGUCGUCCGCGCGAAAAUCAACUAUUGCUACUGUCUCGGUCUCGGUCUCGGUUUCGGUCUCUGUGAUAUCUCUUGGAUUUGGAUCUGCUUCAUCUUGGAUUUGCUUCAUCUUGGAUUUGGACGACUCCCUCUCUCUCUCCCUCAUAGAUUCGCUCUGUAGAUCAGAGUUGUGCUUCAUAUAUUGCUUGUAGAAUGAAUUUCUUU